AUGAACAACACCGUCAAGACUAACAACAUCGAUGAGAAAACAUGGGAACGCCAUCGUCCAAGCAUCGAGAGCUUGUAUUGGGGGAAAUCACUCAGUGCGAUCGAAGCGUAUAUGAAAGAGCGUUACGCUUUUGUUGCGAGCAAAUCACAAUACGAGAGGCAGUUCAGAAAGUGGCAACUACGAAAGAACCUUACUGGGCCUGAGUGGGCAGUCAUCAUAAGGUACAUGAAGAAAAACUCGAUUCGCCUUGGACAAGUGGAAGUGCUGUUCAAGGGACACGAAAUUCCUCACAAGAGGAUUCUACAAGAGAUAGCGCGACGCAGCUCACUAAACAGCACAUGGCAAAGUGGCUCCUGUAAACUUCCGAAAGAGAUCACUGUACGACCACGAUCACGCCCUCCGGAUAUGGAUGCCGCGAACGGUCUUCAGACCAUACUAAUUCCUGCUGCAAUCCCGUCACUCUCUUCCAUCCACACUGAAGCCAGCCUUGAACUGGUCACCAUACCCUCAAUGUCGAUCAAUCGCUACAGUAUGAGCGUACCCACCCUAGUUGCUUCGUGGAGUGCCCCAUUUUCUUGGAUGCGGGCUGUCGACCUGAAUUCGUUCUCGCAGAACCUCUCCACUAUCCAGCAGUCAACGAGAUGGACUCAGCCCCCAAAGGCCCAACUCGAUGCACUAUUUUACUCAAAGGGUCGGUCGUUCCUAGAUACUCCGCACGAAAGCCAUGAGACAUCAGUUCCGUCGUACGCAAUCGCGUCACUAGCCAACAAUAUGUCCUCGGUAUACCAUAAUGUUUCGAAUGAAGCAUAUUUAUUGUUGAAGGCGUUUCCACUGAACGUCGUAUCACAAAGCCUGAAGGCCAUCCCGGUUCCGGUCUUGGAUGCUCUCAAAGAACGAUUGUUUGCUACUGCUGUUAAAGUUGGGGACGUGGAUCUUGUUUCGGCCAUGCUGAAGUUGAAUAUUGAUCCUCGUGAGCGUAUCAUGAUUGAUUGGCCAUCCGUAUCAAGACCAACCUACCCGCUCGAUUAUGCAGGGUAUGCAGGUCACUACGCCGUUGUAAAAACACUUGUUUCGCACAUGUGUCAAGGCGCAAAUCAGUUACAGCUUGAUGGCCUACGUGAUUGCAUCUUGUAUGGGAUGGAAUGGACAAUGUUGAAAGAGAGAAUAGGGGGGUCGAUGACGAAUUACAGUCAUUUCAAAUAUUUUAACGAGUCAGAACUGACCGAGCUCAUGUGUAUCGCUCUCGCUGCCGGAGCCAGCCCCAAGUUGGGGUGCCUCAGACCCGCUGGCCGUGAUAUCUCGAUAGUUUCUCUCAAGAAGCUGGUAGAGAAUACGGCUGCAGGUAUCAUAGCUUGGCUAGAGAUAGGCCUGCUGAAGUUUUAUCUUGGUUGCAGAUGUCAUUCGUGGGAGACAUGCCCGAUCGAAAAUGUCCUACAAUACGUCUUUUCAGACUGCCAACACGAUCUACCUCGAGGAGACCCAAAAUUCAAGACAAUAGUUCUCAAAGCGUUGACAACUGCUAUAGUCGACAACAAAGAGGAAGCCGCCAAAACGAUCUUGAGAGCGUUCAGUCUACUAGGUUACCGCCCCAAUAGCGAAGAGACUUACAUAAGCAACAAAGCAACGAACGAUUCCAUCGUACAGGCAUUUGAUAACGCAGACUGGGAUCUGACAAUAUCCUUAAUUCUGGCGCAAAACUUGAUCGCAGUAAGAGAGAACUCGAGACAAGGCCUAAAGGAAACGGGAGCACAACAGCCUAUUGCAAUGAUUUUCAUUGAACCUCCCCGAGGCCCCUCAUGGUAUGAACAGUUCAACGGUGCUGUCAGGGAGAAGGACUUAGUGCUCGCAUACCAGCUGCUCCAAGACCCCAGGCAUUUGUCGAGUCCCUUUUCAAGACUCCCGUUGAAGUUCGUUGAACUUGCAGUCAGCCUCGGCCAAUCUGACAUGGUUAUCAACGUCAUCAGAUCUACAGAAAAUUUUGAUGAAUGGGGCCUUGAUGAAGUCUUCCCUCUAUUGGGCUAUGGUCAAAUUGCAGCAGUCAGUGCGCUUCUUAUGGAACACCCUGCAUGGAAAGCUGCUCUAGAUGCCGCAUGCUACCAUGAGGGCUUUGGUAUGUUAGAAUCCAUGGUAUUCCAAGGGUCAGACUUGCCUUUAUUUGAAGAAUUCCCAUUAUACAAUGAUGGCGAUUAUUUGAUGCAAGAGCAACAAGUGAUCUUUCGGGUUAUCGCUUUUCAUGCCAUUGCAACAAACAGUUUCAAGCUUUGCGAAUGGUUGUUGCAGAUUGGUAUGGAUGCUGACGAACUCAAUGUAUGUGAAGAGGAGGAUGAUGAUAUGGUCGUGAAGAGUCCGGUCACGCAUUGCAGCUUGCCUGGUGUGGGCGGUUGCUCGGCAACCGUUGCUACAAUCUACUUCCUAUUGAAGACAGCAGAGCCUGACAAAUAUUCAAGCCAGCGAAACUAUGGCAUUGCUGCACUUCGGGAAGCCAUCCGGUCCCGAGACUUCACCAUCAUUGAUAUUCUAUGUGGAGCAGUGAACAUUGAUGCAAUCGAGCCGUCAACCAAAGAAUUCUUUGGGCGCGAAGCUCCCCUCAGCCCGUUAGGUGAAGCAAUCAUACUGGGCGACGUCGCGAUAGUGAAGCUUUUGUUGAAGCGGGGUGCCAGUCCAAACGCAUACGUAUCCUUCGAUGGUCUGAAGAUGCUAGAAAGCAUCACGAGCCACAUACAAAGAGUGACACCAUUACUAGCUGCUAUCGACAUGCAGAGUCUUCCAUUGGUGGAACUUUUGUUGGAGCAUGGAGCGGAGGUGAAUUACAAACGCAAUAUGGGAGUCUUUCGUACUCCAUUGCAAAGAGCCGCCGAAAUGGGUUGCUUUGACGUUGUUCAAUACCUCAUCAAGAAGGGUGCGACUAUCGAUACCAUUCCUAUCCACUCUGGUGGUACUGCUCUGCAACUCGCAGCACUGAACGGGUUCUGCGGUAUUGCCGCGUUUCUGCUUGAGCAGGGAGCUGAUCCAAAUCAUCCCCCUGCUAAAAGUAAUGGACGAACUGCUUUUGAAGCCGCAACAGAAUGGGGUCAUAUCGAUACAAUGUCGCUUUUGGUACAGUGUGGUGUCGUUCUUCACCUGCAAUUCGGAAACCCUCUUCAGAGUCAGUACGAGCGGGCUUGGUGGUUUGCGGAGAAGAAUGGUUUCAUGGCGUCGAAGCGAUUCGCAGAACAUCUUUAUAGGCAGGUGCUGGAAGGUCAUUACUGGGAUAAUAGUCUUGCAUUAGACCCCAUAUAG